CUUGUGCACCACAUGACCUCGUUGCCGUGUCCCGUGACCAGCUCACGUGAAUUUUGACAAAUUCAAACGUUUUUUGAUAUUAAAAAAUGGAUAUUUUGGAGCAACACCUUGACCAGCAGGAUGUCAGUGGUGGAGUAGUAACAAAGGCUGAAGAUAGCACGGGUAUAGUCAUCGAGGAAGCUGAAAUCGUUGAUUGCGAUGGAGGUAAAAAAAAGAUACAUAAUGUCAGUGACAUAUGUUUCAUCGCUGAUGAAGCAUUGGAUCCCCUUGCAGGUGACACUGUAGACGCGGAAGACGGAAUGCGUUAUCAGGAGACACUGGCUUACAGAGUUGUGCAGGUCAAUGGUAAUGCUGUUGCCAAUGAAAUUGAGUUGCCAGUUGCCCAGCAGGGGAAUGGAGCUGUACAAGUCUUGACAUCGCCGAUUAAUGGACAAUUCUACGUUAUUGGGAAUGCCAAUGAUGUUUUUUCUACGGCUCAAGGUACGAGAUCACUUACACCGAGGACUAUGCAGAUUGACGCCCCGAGAAAUGCUACACCAGGGUUGAAGAAGAGAGAUGAUCGAAGAAGAGCAACUCACAACGAGGUUGAACGUCGUCGUCGAGAUAAAAUCAAUAAUUGGAUAGCUAAAUUGGGGAAAAUAAUACCAGAGUGUAAUACGAAUAUCAAUGGAAAUGGUAAUGGAAAUAGUAGCGGAGAGGGAAAGGUGAAUUAUGAGACCCAGAGUAAAGGAGGAAUCCUAGCGAAGGCCUGUGAGUACAUAACCGAACUGCGGAGCGCCAACCAAGGACUCUCCCAAUGUCUAAAAGAGAACGAGAAACUUCGUCAGGAAGUGACCACCCUGAAGCAAAUGUUGACCCAACUCAAACGUGAAAAUGCACAAUUGAGAUCUGGCGGUAUGACAAAUACUCAAUUGGACCCUUAAUCCACCUCUCAACACUCUCAAGCAACUGUAAAUACCGUCACCCAUUUGGAGACUAUCUUUAUUAGGAGAAGAAAAGAAAAGAGGAGAACGAAAGAAAAAAAAUGAGAAAAACCCUCUUUUUCGAUACCGAAUUCUGUUGAUUGAAUCGAUAGGUCGCUGUACACGAAUAAGGCAUCACGUCCCUUUGAACAGACACUGGGAUACAUCGGUUGAGGCAAAAGGCUGUGAAUGACGAAUGCCAUUUCAUUGUAGAUCCCUCAAAGUGGACGGAUUUUUUUGCUUACUAAAUAAAUUAUUUUCGUUUUGCUUCAUCAUCUCGAAAAUCGCAGAAAAUAAUUUUGAAAAUUCAAAUCGGUCAAUUUAUAUUUCUAUUCGAAUGAUUUGUGUUCUGGUUGCGUGUACAAGUCGGUAGAUUGAAGUAAAAAAAACAAUUCAUUGAUUAAUUAUGGAUGAACAUUGUAAUAUAUCGUUGAUGUAUAUACCGGGGUUAUUGUUAUAUUAUUAUUAAAACAAAAUUUAAAAAGUAA